AUGGCAGACUCCGCGAGCGCCGCUUCAGAUCCGCACGCCGUCACGGUGGAGGCCUGGGUGAAGGCCGCGAAAGAGUACAUAGUCCCGCCACUCGACUUCGCACGCCACAAAGGACAGAACGGCCGCGUGUGCGUCGUCGGCGGCGCGCUGGAGUUCACUGGAGCGCCAUACUUCAGUGCGAUGGCAGCCCUUCAACUGGGCAUGGAUCUCGCGUAUGUCAUCACGACGCCGGAGGCGGCGACGCCCAUCAAGACGUAUAGCCCAGAACUCAUCGUUUAUCCGAUCAUGCCGGGCGAGCCGCGCCCGGGCGUCUCGCUUGAGGAAGUCCUUAGCCGCCUCGAAGCAAAGGCAAGCGCGAUCCUGAAGAAGUGCGACGUCGUCGUGAUGGGGCCUGGCAUGGGCGCUCCAACGCCCGCAGCUCCUCGCGGCGACGUCGGAAAGACGCCAGGCGCCGCAGACGCUUCCAGAGGAGACCCCGAAGGCGCCGCGAGCGGCUGUCCGAUCUUGCGCGCGGCGUUGACGAUCCUUAACCUGGCAAUGAAAGAGAACAAGUUUCUAGUCAUUGACGCGGACAUGAUUCGCGUCCUCUGCGCGCCAAGCCACGCGCCGUCUUUACAGCGACUGAAGACCUACCGCCAGUGUCUCUUGACGCCCAACAAGCGCGAGUUCGAUCUCCUUCAGGCGGCGUUCGAGGCUCUGCCGGAGGCCCGCGACGCCCCGCCCUGCCCGACCUCCCUCCUCGCCGCGCUGGCGGAGGCUGUCCAGCGCGAGCAGACCUCCCCGGGGCGCUCUGCAAGCGCCUCAGGCGACGCGGCGGCGCCGUGGCGUCCGCCGGAGGUGAUGCCGUCGCGUCUCUUCCCUGCGGCGCUUCUGCCGUUCGCUCGCGGUCUCGCGCGCAUCCCAGUGGCGCUUCAGGGCCCGAGUUUGCUCGUGAAGGCUCCAGCGGACGUCCUCGUCGCAUACGCAGACUCCGCAGCCGUCGCCGCCGUCGCCGCCUGCGGUAUCUCUGGCGCGCUGCGCGGCAGCCCUAAACGCUCAGGCGGGCAGGGCGACAUACUGUCAGGGGUGCUUGCGGCGUUUGUCGCGUGGUGGCUGAGUUCGCGGGCAUCUCGGGUGAAGGCGCGAGCGUCGUGCGACGCGCCCGGAGGCGGAGCGAGGCAAGGCGACGCCGAGGCGUCUGCAGAGAGCGUCUUCGGUCCGGUCGUCGGCGUGGAAGACGAAACCGCUGCUGGAAUGUUGUGCGCGGCCUUCAACGCCUCCCUCGUUGUGCGACGAGCCGCCGCGCGUGCGUUCAACGCGCAUGGGCGCAGCAUGCUUGCGCAGCAUCUACUCGCAGACCUGGGGGCCGUUGUUCGGCAAACCUAUGACCAGAGCGUCUUCAGCGCGUGUCUCGAGCACCUGAGCAGCGACCCUAUUUUGGGAGACGCGGCUGCCAAACGCGGCGAGCGCUCGGCGCGCCUAAGGCUUUUCAAAAGCUUGGGCGGGGCGGAAGCGCCCCUAAAAGACACAGAACCUGGCCUGCAGAGUCCUUCCCGCCUCUAUCCGCCCGCAUGCAGCGACUUCUGCGCUCGCAAACACUGA